CUCCUCCCUCCCCCUCCCUCUGCGGUUCCUGCGGACCCCGCUGCGGCGGCGUCGGGAGACCCCGAGCCGCGGCGCCGGGCAUGCCCUCCUCUGUGAAGGCCUUGGGUCAGGCCCGGCCGACGGGUGCCGGCAUGGCCCCCCAGGCCCGCUGCUGCUCCCCAGCGGCCGUGCAAAGGUGGCUGCCUCUCCUGGCCUGGCUGCCGGAUUACUCGCUGCAGUGGCUGAAGAUGGACUUGGUCGCGGGCCUCUCAGUCGGGCUCACAGUCGUGCCCCAGGCGCUGGCCUACGCGGAGGUGGCUGGACUCCCGCCCCAGUACGGCCUCUACUCUGCCUUCAUGGGAUGCUUCGUGUAUUUCUUCUUGGGCACCUCUCGGGAUGUGACGCUGGGCCCGACGGCCAUCAUGUCCCUUCUGGUCUCCUUCUACACUUUCCACGAGCCCGCCUAUGCUGUGCUGCUCGCCUUUCUGUCCGGCUGCAUCCAGUUAGCCAUGGGCUUCUUGCACUUGGGCUUCCUGCUGGACUUCAUCUCCUACCCCGUCAUCAAAGGUUUCACCUCUGCUGCCACUGUCACCAUCGGCUUCGGGCAGAUCAAGAACCUCCUGGGACUGCAUGAUGUCCCGAGGCAGUUUUUCCUGCAAGUGUAUCAGACAUUCCGCAAGGUCGGAGAGAUCAGGGUGGGUGAUGCCGUGCUGGGGCUGGCGUGCGUGCUGCUGCUGCUGUUGCUGAAGCUGAUGCGGGACCAUGUGCCCCCUGUGCACCCCGAGAUGCCCCCAGGCGUGCGGCUCAGCCACGGGCUGGUUUGGACGGCCACCACAGCCCGCAAUGCCCUAGUGGUCUCCUUUGCUGCCCUGGUCGCGUACUCCUUUGAGGUGACCGGAUACCAGCCUUUUGUUCUAACGGGGCAGACUGCCGAGGGGCUCCCUCCCGUCCGGAUUCCACCCUUCUCCGUGACCACAGCCAACGGGACAGUUUCCUUCACCGAGAUGGUGCAGGACAUGGGGGCUGGGCUGGCCGUGGUGCCCCUCAUGGGUCUCCUGGAGAGCAUUGCGGUGGCCAAGUCCUUCGCUUCUCAAGGUGGUUACCGCGUUGACUCCAACCAGGAGCUGCUGGCUAUCGGCCUGACCAACGUGCUGGGCUCCCUCGUCUCUUCCUACCCGGUCACCGGCAGCUUUGGACGGACGGCUGUGAACGCCCAGUCGGGGGUGUGCACCCCAGCAGGGGGCCUGGUGACAGGUGUCCUGGUGCUGCUGUCGCUGGACUACCUGACCUCGUUGUUCUACUACAUCCCCAAGUCCGCGCUGGCGGCCGUCAUCAUCAUGGCCGUGGCCCCGCUGUUCGACAUCAGGGUCUUCGGGACGCUGUGGCGUGUGAAGAGGCUGGACUUGCUGCCCCUCUGUGUGACGUUCCUGCUCUGCUUCUGGGAGGUCCAGUACGGCAUCCUGGCCGGGAGCCUGGUGUCUGUGCUGAUCCUGCUGCACUCUGUGGCCAGACCCAAGAUGCAGGUGUCGGAGGGGCCGGUGCUGGUCCUGCAGCCGGCCAGUGGCCUGCAGUUCCCCGCGGCGGAGGCCCUCCGGGAGGCAAUCAUCACCCAGGCCCUGGAAGUGUCACCCCCGCGUUCUGCCAUCCUGGAGUGCACGCACGUCUGCAGCAUCGACUCCACCGUGGUGCUGGGGCUCGAGGAGCUGGUGGGGGACUUCCACAGGCGCGGCGUCACCCUCGCCUUCGUCGGCCUGCAGGUUCCUGUCCUCCGUGUCCUGCUGUCCACUGACCUGAAGGGUGUCCAGUACUUCUCCACCCUGGAAGAGGCAGAGAAGAGCUUGCUGCCAGAGCCGCGGCCCCAGCCCUACAGCGGCGGCGAGGACUCCGUUCUGGAGCACGGGGUCGCCCUGCUGAAGGCCUGA